AGCUGAAUCCUCUACUUCCACUCUUACCACUUGCUGACUUCCAGCUCAACAAGAAUACUCAUCGUGUGAUGAAUGAAUGAUAUAGCAUUCCAUAAUAAAAUCUAAAUCAUUUGAGUAGUAUCAGACUACCAGUAGCCCUGCCCCAUGAGGAAAAGCAGAUUUGUGCAAUUUUCAUCAUUAUCAUCAUGAAAGAAAUGAAAGACCCAGCGAUCAACCAGUCUCUCCAGCAAAACCAAAUGCCUUUGAAUUCAUCCUGGGGAAUCAGCUGAAAUAAGCACUUUCUGGAAACACAAAAACAUACUAACCAACAACUACCUUGGGACCUGGAGGGCAAAAUACAUUAGUGCAGUUUUCAUCAAAGCAUACAGAUUAAUAUAUCUUUUUACCAGACCUUUUGUGGCGGCUAAUAAGCUUAAUAAUUCAUACAUAUAUGUGUGUGAAUUAUAUAUAUAUGUAUAUUUGUCUUGUACAAUUUUUAGCACCACAAAGAGGAAGUGCUUUUUCUUCCUCCUUAAAAAAAAGUAAAGUUUCAGUCCAAACCAUCAGUCUGUGUAGGUUGUCUUAAUUGCUACUUUGCACUGCUCUGGAUUAUGACUCUGAUCUUUGGCACAUGCUAUCAUACACAGAGUUCCUAAAAUAAAAUGCUUCAGGAUAGCCUAGGAAGUCUUAGAAGGCUUUAAAAAGGACUUGCACAGUGAAAAGAGCAUCUUUGAUGAAGACAAUUCAGGCAAGCGGAAUGAUUAACGCAGCAGAAUUACGUGACUAAAUUGAGAUCUUGAAGUGGGUCUGAAGAGUCCUCAACCACCUAAUAUAUCAUGGCUGGGGGAAGGUUGAUGAGAAUCCAGUGUUGAUAAAGACAAUGUUUCUCCUCCCCAAGUGACUAUACAUUUAAAUAGCUAAAACAUCUGUUCAGCAACCUAGUAAAACAUGUAUACUCGGAACGCUUGAGAGAAGAGCCUGCCAAACAAUCAGUUGAGAGGGACUUUGCUAAGAGAGAACACCAAGAUAAAGCAACCGCUGUUUGUUUUGUCUAGGCAGGAGGAGAGCCAAGGCAACCACUAUUUUGAGUUUCUUCUAUUUCAUUUGUGAAGGAUUAUUUGAGAAAGGGUGGUGAGGGGAGGUUUCCUGACAGGAAUUUUUUUUUAAAGCUGUCCAUUAGUAGAAGAACAAGGAAGCAUUGGAUGUCAACGCCUAACAAACUCUUGAGACCAGCUACCAAACCACAAAAAGUGACUUUCUUCCUCAGUGUUCCCUCCCGGUUCUUCGGAUGGAAGCAGAAACGGGGAGCAGCAUGGAGACAGGAAAAGGAGCCAGCAGAGGCACUCGAAUCGCCUUGGCAGUGUUCAUUGGUGGCACUCUGGUGCUGGGCACUAUCCUCUUUCUAGUGAGUCAAGGUUUCUUAAGUUUCCAAGCUAAACAGGAGUAUUGCCUGAAGCCAGAGUGCAUCGAAGCCGCUGCUGCUGUCAUGAGCAAAGUAAAUCUGUCUGUGGAUCCUUGUGAUAAUUUCUUCCGGUUUGCUUGUGAUGGCUGGAUAAACAACAAUCCAAUUCCUGAAGAUAUGCCAAGCUAUGGAGUUUAUCCUUGGCUGAGACACAAUGUUGACCUCAAGUUGAAGGCACUUCUGGAGAAGUCAAUCAGUAGAAGACGGGACAUUGAAGCCAUACAGAAAGCCAAAAUUCUUUAUUCAUCUUGCAUGAAUGAGAAAGCGAUUGAAAAAGCAGGUGCCAAGCCAUUGCUCCACAUCCUGCGACAUUCUCCUUUCCGUUGGCCUGUGCUUGAAGCAAAUAUUGGUCCUGAAGGUGUUUGGUCAGAGAGAAAAUUCAGCCUGCUGCAGACACUUGCGACAUUCCGGGGUCAAUACAGCAAUUCUGUGUUCAUCCGUUUGUAUGUGUCCCCUGAUGACAAGUCAUCCAAUGAACACAUCUUGAAGCUGGACCAAGCAACACUCUCUCUAGCUGUGAGGGAAGACUACCUUGAUAACAGCACGGAAGCCAAGUCUUAUCGAGAUGCCCUUUACAGAUUCAUGGUGGACACUGCUGUACUUUUAGGAGCUAACAGUUCCCGAGCUGAGCAUGACAUGAAGUCAGUGAUUAGGUUGGAAAUUAAGAUAGCUGAGAUAAUGAUUCCACAUGAAAACCGAACCAGUGAGGCCAUGUAUAACAGAAUGAACAUCUCUGAACUCAGUGCUAUGAUCCCUCAGUUUGACUGGCUGGGCUACAUCAAGAAGGUCAUAGAUGUCAGGCUGUAUCCUCACCUGAAAGACAUCGGCCCCUCUGAGAAUGUGGUAGUCCGCGUUCCACAGUACUUCAAAGAUUUAUUUAGAAUAUUAGGCUCUGAAAGGAAGAAGACAAUUGCCAACUAUUUGGUGUGGAGAAUGGUUUAUUCCAGAAUUCCAAAUCUGAGCAGGCGCUUUCAAUAUAGAUGGUUGGAAUUCUCACGGGUAAUCCAGGGGACCACAACUCUACUUCCUCAGUGGGACAAAUGUGUAAACUUUAUCGAAAGUGCCCUCCCUUAUGUUGUUGGAAAAAUGUUUGUGGAUGUCCACUUCCAGGAAGAUAAGAAGGAGAUGAUGGAGGAACUGAUUGAGGGUGUUCGAUGGGCCUUUAUUGACAUGCUGGAGAAAGAAAAUGAGUGGAUGGAUUCAGGAACAAAAAGGAAAGCCAAAGAAAAGGCAAGAGCUGUUUUGGCAAAAGUUGGCUAUCCUGAGUUUAUAAUGAAUGAUACUCAUGUUAAUGAAGACCUCAAGGCAAUCAAAUUUUCAGAAUCGGACUACUUUGGCAACGUCCUGCAAACCCGAAAGUAUUUAGCACAGUCUGAUUUCUUCUGGCUAAGAAAAGCUGUUCCCAAAACAGAGUGGUUCACCAAUCCGACAACUGUCAAUGCCUUUUACAGUGCAUCCACUAACCAGAUCCGAUUUCCAGCAGGAGAGCUCCAGAAGCCUUUCUUUUGGGGAACAGAAUAUCCUCGAUCUCUGAGUUAUGGUGCUAUAGGAGUAAUUGUUGGACAUGAAUUUACGCAUGGAUUUGAUAAUAAUGGUAGAAAAUAUGAUAAAAAUGGAAACCUGGAUCCUUGGUGGUCUAUGGACUCAGAAGAAAAGUUUAAGGAAAAAACGAAGUGUAUGAUUAACCAGUAUAGCAACUAUUAUUGGAAGAAGGCUGGCUUAAAUGUAAAGGGGAAGAGGACCUUGGGAGAAAAUAUUGCUGAUAAUGGAGGUCUGCGAGAAGCUUUUAGGGCUUACAGGAAGUGGAUAAAUGACAAAAGGCAAGGUGUUGAGGAACCCCUCCUCCCAGGCCUCACAUUCACCAACAACCAGCUCUUCUUCCUGAGUUACGCUCAUGUGAGGUGCAAUUCCUACAGACCAGAAGCUGCCAGAGAACAAGUUCAAAUUGGUGCACACAGUCCUCCUCAAUUUAGGGUCAAUGGUGCUGUUAGUAACUUUGAAGAAUUCCAGAAAGCUUUUAACUGUCCACCUAAUUCCACAAUGAAUAGAGGCACGGAAUCCUGCCGACUCUGGUAGUUGGAGUGAUGGUUUCUGCUGUCCAAAGAGAGCAGCCCAGUGUCAACAGAGGUGGCACUAAACACAAAUUGCCCACUGCUUUAGGCCUAUAUUCCCCUGAGGGUUUUUAUUUUUAAUAUGUUUUUGUUAUUUGAGGAAAUGACCUGCCUCAAUCAAAACAGUGUCUGUUCAAGGUCAUAGGGCUUAAAAAAGGAAUACAAGAUAUGAACCAAAGAUGUUUCUGUAAAAAAAAAACAAAACCCAAACCUACAAAAGUAAAUCCUUAGGCUACUUUUGUUAAAAACACUCUCUACUGAUAUUGCUAUUGUCCAUUUUAGUGUGUUAGCCACAGCUAAGUGGUAUAUGCCAUCUCAUUCUAUAGCUUUGCAGGGAGCCUAAGUCAAAUAUACCCAUAAAAAGGGAGCAGUUUAUUAAACCUGUAACCCACAAUGAAGAAGAUCUAUGUAUGGAGGCCUGGAAGGCCUUGCAACUCCUUGGAAUGCAGUGCCAGAUUUUGUAGAAGUCAUUCCACAGUCUUUAACACUAAGGUAGUUCAAUGAGAAAUAGAUUG